AUGGCCCGACCUUUGUUCUUGUUGGCUUUCCAGGAGGAGGACUUCCGAGACAUCGACUGGUUCUGGCUUUGCUACCUACGUCAAUCCCAAGGGCACCUCACGUCACUCAAUAGCGUCGUUCUCAAGACUGAAGCCGAAAUCGGCGAUAUCAAGCGCGCCCGCAUUCUUUUUGACUUUCUCGUCAAGUCAAAUCCUAAACACGCCCCUGGUGAACUCAUACAAGCGGGUUGCAAGCAGUGUCCAGGAUGUAUGGCCGGAGGCAGCAAGAUUAUAUGUACCAUCCCCAACUCCGUUCGGCUACGAAACGAAACUGUCAAUCUUGAAGAAUCAGCGACAGCCGCACGUAUAUUACUCUCCCGCACCACGGAGGUGAUGCUUCUUUCCGCCGAGCUCUGGUUUUCUCUUACCCGGCUCGAAAUACCUGAGCGCGCCAAAGCCGUCCUUCACAAGGCCCUGAUGGCGCUUAGAGAUGCAAUUUCGAACCUCGAUGAGAUAUCCCCUCAAGGUGACGGGGUGACGCUUGCAUGGGCGCGCCCGAAGGAAAGGCCCAUAGAUCAUCCAUGGUUAGCAUACGCAAGAUGGGGAACCGAGUAUGGGGAAAUCGUUUACUCCCGACUCUUUAGUCAGGAUAUCGUGAUCAUCAACUCCGAAAGAGUUGCGCAUGACUUGCUCGACCGUCGUUCAUAUAACUAUUCCACGAGACCCCCAGGGCUUGUGCACCUUCUUGUCUUGUGA